AUGGCCAUGCUAGUGGCUCUGUCUGAACUUACAGGGGAGCAGCAUCAUUUUCAGACUUUCUUGCUCAAGAGCAUGAUUGGGAACCCCCUGUCAGGGAUAGGACUUGGUGGUGGAGGUGACAAAGAAGAGGCGGCCACCCCCUUAGAUCCAGCCAAAGCAGCUGGGAUGACACGCGAGGAGUAUGAAGAGUACCAAAAACAGCUGGUGGAGGAGAAGAUGGCGAGAGAUGCAGAUUUCUUACACAAGAAGGCAGAGAGGGCAACACUCAGGGUGUGCCUCAGAGAGAAAUACAGGCUGCCAAAGAGUGAGCAGGAUGACAACAUGAUCGAGAUGGCCGGCGAUGAUGUGGACGUGCCCGAGGAGCUGCUCAAGAUGGUAGACGAGGAUGCCACAGAGGAGGAGGGCAAGGAUUCCAUCUUUGGCCAGAUUCAAAACUUGCAGAACAUGGACAUGGAUCAGCUGAAGGAGAAGGCCACAGCCACCGUCAGCGAGCUGAAGAGCAAAGCAGAGGAGAAGUGCUCUGUCAUGUGA